AUGUAAUUUUCCUCCAAACCAUAGAAACCUUUUCCUAUUUACAUUACGCGCUCGCCCGCCUCCAUCUCUCGCCGCCGCCGCCGCCGGCGGUCGCCCCAACUGUGCCCCGCGAACGCGCCUCCUCGUCGUCUUCUCGAGGCUCCGCCGACUCCAGGGGACGGCUCCGGCCUCCGUCGAUCGUCCGUCGCUCUUCAGUAGUUGUUGCUAAUGGAAUGCGCAUCCUUUAGAGAUCAAUGGAAUGCCACAUUUAUUCUUGCGGAGGAGGAUCAUACACUUGCAAAUGCCCUCAGAUUUACCUUGAAUCAAGUUCCACAGGUCAUAUUUUGUGGUUACAGCAUUCCUCAUCCUUCGGAUGCCCGGGUUAAUGUUAGAGUUCAAACAACAGAAAAGGUGGCAAGAGAUGUAUUGAAAGAUGCAUGCCAACAUCUGAUGCUUAGGUGUCAACACAUAAGGGGCACAUUCGAUAAGGCUGUGGACGAUUUCAGAACAAAAAAUCCUCCUGAUGACCAUCCUUCCCAGAACAUGGACUCAGAUUAAUGGUGAAAUUCUUGUAAUAACUUUUGAUCUAUCAAGCCUCCUCUUUCUAUGCUUGCUCGACUUUUUCAAAGAAUGGCCUCAAUCAAGUUCUGUCUGCAGAAAAAUGUUGCACUGAUAUUUUUAAGUGAACUGUUUGUGAGUAUUUGGGAAGCCAUUGGGCAUCAUUAUAUCAAUCAUAUACGAACCAUUCAUUUCUAUGUAAAUAGAAGCCAUUGUCAUUGAAGACAA